CAAUUUUUAGCCUUCUUCAUUAGAAAUUUACAUAUCAUGAGACGCAGUAUACCGUUGCUGUCUUUGUUCAUUUUGAUUUCGGCUUUCACUGUGUUUUCAACUCUACGAUGGAAUUUCGUGGUACGACAGAUGAGAGUUCCUGGACCAUGGAUCCCAACUGAAGGCAACAGUUUAGGUGCUGGUUUCCUACCUUUGGCUUGGUCACCGAAAAAUCCAAAUCUUGAAAAAAUUAUGAAUUAUGUUAACGCAGAAACUGGUUUAGAACUCGCUUCAUUCCCAAAUUCGAAUGAAUUAGUUAAAUUCAUAGGUAAUCGAAGCGCGACUAUGUUAAAUGCUGCUGGAAUACAAUUCGAUGAUAAUUUAGCAGGCGAUGUAGCGUUAGGACCAGAGAUUCACGUUCGUUUCAGGUAGCUGUAUUUAUUUAUUUGUAGAUAUCUGGUUUGCGUUUUAAUUAUUUUAUAGAUAAAUCAUUGAAACCCGCAAGCCGAUCCAUCCGAUCAACUAGAAUGGGUCUAGGUCUACCUCUACUCCUCCUAACUCCCGUUUCUGCCUCUAAUAUGUCUCUGACUGGACCUUCCUGCC